UUUGCUCAUCCGGUAGCAACCAAACAAAAUGCAAGACAGUUAAUUUCAACGGUCUCUCUCAGAAUGAAAUUGAUAUUCAGAUCUUCCCACAAUUUUUAUUUUCUUUUAAUAAUUACGUUUACUUAAACUUUGAUCUGCAAUGCCCUUCAAUUCGUAAUCAUCAUUUCACAACCAGCAGGUUGCUGCUGCUUGCUAUGCUGAAUUUGGGAAGGAAACAUCUAUUUUGUGGUCAGUGAUUGUCAUAUUUGUAUGGAAUUAUAGAGUGAUUUCUGGUAAAAAUGGCUGAAUCCAGCACUUCUAUUGCAGAAGUAUGGAAGAAUUUGCAGGGUUUUAUGAUUCUUUUAGAAUAUGCAGCUUGUGAAUUAUUUUUGAACUUUUUGCUGCUUAUUGAUGCUCUAUUCUCAUAUCUGCUGACGAAAUUCGCACGCUACUGCAAACUGCAAAGACCUUGCAUUUUGUGCUCGAGGCUUGAUCAUGUAUUGGAAAAUGAAAAACCUACAUUUUACUGUAAUCUUCUAUGCAGCAACCAUAGAUCAGAGAUAUCAUCUAUGUUUUCUUGUUGCAUCCAUGGAAAUCUUGCUGAUGGUAAUAGUAUGUGCGACGAAUGUUUCCUGUCAUUUUCCAGGAAAUCAAAAUCAAGCUCAGAUAUGGAAAGGCUAUUGAUGGGUAAGUUUGGAUUUGAUCUUAGUUCUCACGGCUGCCAGAGUUCGUUAAUAAACGGAGAAUCCGUUCUCGAUUCUGAUAGUGUGAAGCAGUGUUCAUGUUGCAAUAAGCCUUGGAUAUCAAGACAGAAAGUUGACAAGCCGCAUCUGGUAAAAGUAAAACCGCCGAGGAGUGGAGUGUCUGUGCCUAACAUUCCUUUACCGCGGCGUCUGACUCAUCGUGAGAGCUUAAAGAAGAUGAGGGAAAGAUUUUCAGGGUCAACAACUCCUGGCCGUCUUGGAAAAUUGAAUCCUGAUCCUUUAUCUCAUGUCGGAUAUAAAGAACUUAAGAUAACUUCCGAUUCAGAUUCCGAAUUUCCAAUUUCGGAUGACGAUGACGGUAGUAAUGCUAGUGUUCGUAGAAUGAAGGAGCCAAAGGAAGUUCCACCUAUUACUCUGACCAAUUAUUUUCAUUUUAAUGCUAAUAGAGAUCAUGACCGGGGACAGAAACCGAAUCAAAAAGCCUACCCAUCUGCACUACCGGAGCUUAUUUCUCUCGACGAUUUUCCAGCUUUAUCCCAUGGAGUGGUGGAAUCAAUAGAGAACAGUGAGCUUAAAUUUCAUGUCUCUCAGAACUCUAAUCCUUCUGUGCUAUCUCAGCUUAUGGCUUUAGUUGAUGCUCCCUCGUUAUUCAAACGUCCUUCUGAAAUAUCACAACGGAAAUCAGCAGAAAUUGCAAACAUCGACCAGGUUGCUAAUGAAUGUAAGAAUCAGAUUGAUGACUUGAAAUCGACGAUUGAAAUAGCUGCAAAGGAACCGGAAGGAUGUGAAGAAGAAGAGAAAUUUCCAGACGAGAGAGUCCCCAUCGCCCAUGAGGACAAUGGCGAUGAAGGACAGAUAAUUGAGUCUGGUGUUGAAUCAAUUGAUGAAAGCUCUGUCAGCGAGAUUGAAAACGAAGGCGACAAUAUCGUUGAUCGAUUAAAAAAACAAAUACAGAACGAUAAAAGAUGCAUAAAUGCUUUGUAUAAGGAACUCGAGGAAGAACGAAAUGCUUCUGCCAUUUCAGCAAAUCAUGCAAUGGCUAUGAUCACAAGGCUGCAAGAAGAAAAAGCUUCAUUACAUAUGGAAGCGUUACAGUACUUACGAAUGAUGGAAGAGCAAGCGGAAUAUGAUGUAGACGCGCUAGAGAAAGCUAAUGAUCUGUUGGCUGAAAAAGAAAAAGAAAUACAAGACAUGGAAGCUGAUUUAGAGUAUUUCAGUUUACAACUCCUAGCCGAGCCAGCUCUGCACACUGUUCCGUCAGUUCGCGUAAAUCACGAAGAGAAUCUUAUCAAUGUAAAGUCUUCAUGGAAAGAACUCGAAGACGAAAAGCUAUUCCUUUCGCAGUAUUUAAAGGAUUUGGAGACGAAAUUUCAUAAUGCGGCUAAUCAAGACACCAACUCUGAAGAAACAGCAGAUGGAGAAAGUAACAAAGCGGAGACUGAUCAUAAAAAGUCUAACAGUACUUCGACUGAUGGAGAUGAAAUCGGUAGGAACGAAAAAAUCAAUCUGGUGAAUCUGGAAAAUGAAAUUUCAGACAUUAAUGAAAGACUGGAAGCUCUUGAAAGUGAUUGGAAUUUUGUGGAGCAUACUCUUAGCUCUCUCCAAGCUGGAAAAGAGGGUCUCUGUCUUGUUCAAGAAAUAGCUCAGAACCUACAAGAACUGCGAAAAACCGCAACGAGAGGUAGACCUUAAAUGUUCCUCCAUUGAUCAUGCACAUUAAUUUUUUUGAAGUUAAUUAGCGUAUUUAAAAACAAAAUUAGUUGUUUUUUUGUUUAUGUAUUUGAUUGUCCAUAUAACAGCCAGUCCUGUAAUUGUCUUAAUCAUUUUCUCCCACAUAGUAUCAUUCUUUCAUUCAA